AUGGUGAACAAUCUGGAAGAGUAUCUUCCGAGGAACGCCUGUCUGAUGCCGAGCAGUCAUUUGAAGGCUUUGGAACUUGGUAGACAGGUUCAUGGGUUGGUGGUUUUGUUGGGGCGUGAUUUGGUUGUUUUGAGUACUGCUCUUAUUGAUUUUUAUUCUAGUGUUGGGUGUGUUGAUCAUGCUUUGAUUGUGUUUUAUAGUUUGAAUGGUUGGAAAGAUGAUAUGAUACAUAAUUCGUUGAUUUCUGGGUGUAUUAGAAAUGGGAGAUAUGGGGAGGCGUUUAAAGUUAUGAGCUUGAUGAAGCCUAAUGCUGUUGCAUUUACUAGUGUUUUGGUUAGUUGCUCUGAGAAAUUGGAUUUGGUUACAGGGAAACAGGUGCAUUGUGUUGCGGUUCGUCGGGGUUUUACUUUUGAUUCCCAAUUAUGUAAUGUACUGUUGGACAUGUAUGCAAAAUGUGGGGAGAUUUCACUUGCCAGGUCAGUGUUUGAUGGAAUUCGUCGAAAGGAUGUGAUUUCAUGGACUUGUAUGAUUGAUGCGUAUGGAAGAAAUGGGUGUGGAAAUGAAGCUAUUGAACUCUUUCAGAAUAUGAGGGAAGAUGGGAGUGAGGUGUUGCCGAAUUCUGUGACUUUUUUAUCUGUGUUAUCAGCUUGUAAUCAUUCCGGGUUGGUGGAGGAAGGAAAAAAAUGUUUCAAUAUGUUGAGGGAGAAAUAUGGCAUUGAUCCAGAACCGCAACACUAUGCAUGCUUCAUAGAUAUCUUAGGCCGGGAUGGUAAUAUAGAAGAAGUAUGGUCUGCUUAUCAAAAUAUGAUUGAGCGGGGUACUAGACCUACUGCAGGAGUAUGGAUAUCAUUGUUGAAUGCUUGCAGUAUUAGUCAAGAUUAUGAAAGAGGUGAACAGUUUUCGAUUUAG